GCCAUAAUUGCUAAUUUGUUAAUUUGUUAAUUUGUAUUUUCGAAGUUUUUGUCUAUUGUUCAGGAAAAUCUCGAUGUGCCUAACUUUAGCAAUUAGAUCUUCAGGUGCUUAAUUUUUAUCACUUAACCCCCCACUCCCUAGUUAAUAUAUAGAUAUAAAAAAGUAACCUUAUUUUCAGUUUUGGAUAGAUAACUUCAGUUUUGGAUAGAUAACUCUAUGACAUAUUAAACUUUAAUUAUUUAAUUUUGAAGUUUAACAUUCUCAAUAUUUUAUCGCUAAUUGCGCUAUCUAUCUUUCAAUCAGUUGAUAACUAGAGUGGUUCACAAUGUCAACCGAAUCUGCAGAGCAGCAAUUACCCCCAUCGAAGACAGAGUCUCUUGCUGAAAAUGAAAAAGUAAAAGUAAAGGAUACUUCCGUCGAAUUAGGUAGUUUAUUACAGGGAGAGUUAUACGAUAUUACGGAUACAAACAAAACUUAUCUUGCAAAAUCGAAAAUUCUUUCUGAUGCUAUCGAUGAAAUUGGAUUUGGAAGAUAUCAAACUGGAUUAUUUUUUGUAGCUGGAUUUGGAUGGUUAUCGGAUAAUGCCUGGCCUGUUGCUACUGGUUUGAUUUUGGCAAGAUUAAACGAAGAAAAUGGGGUUCAUGCUCCAGUUGGUAGGGCUCCAUAUUUAACUUUAGCUCAAAAUUUAGGGUUAUUAGCGGGUGCCUUAUUUUGGUCUCUUUCUUCAGAUAUUAUUGGUAGAAGGUGGGCUUUUAAUUUAACAUUUUUAAUUACUGGUAUAUUUGCUGUCAUAGCUGGUGCAUCACCAAAUUUUGCUGCUAUAGGGGUUUUUAAUGCACUUUGGAGUUUUGGUGUUGGUGGUAAUUUACCUGUUGACUCUGCUAUCUUUUUAGAGGCAUUGCCAAGUAGACAUCAAUGGCUUUUAACUGUUAUGUCUGUCUGGUGGGCAUUUGGUCAAAUUAUUGCUAAUCUUGUAUCAUGGGGUCUUAUUGCAAAUUAUUCUUGUGAUGAUAGUAGUACUAUAUGUCUCAAAAAUAAUAAUAAAGGUUGGAGAUACUUUUUAUUCACCAUGGGUGGAUUCACUUUGUUGAUGUUCUUGGCAAGAUUUGCUUUCCGUGUUUUUGAAUCACCCAAGUUCCAUUUGGCUAGAGGUGAUGAUGUAAAAGCUGUUGAAACAGUUCAUAAGAUUGCAAAAAUCAAUGGUAAAGAAUUAGAUCUUUCUAUUGAAGAUUUGCAGGCUAUUGAUGAAUUGCAUUUAGAUGGAGAAGAGAAAGUACUGGGUAAUAUUUUACUCAAAGAAAGGUUGGCCAGAUUCAAUCUCACACAUAUUAGAGAGUGUUUCGGAACCAAAAAGUUGGCAAUUUCUUCUUCAUUGGUUAUUUUCACUUGGGGUUUAAUUGGACUUGCAUUCCCUCUUUAUAACGCUUUCUUACCUUAUUAUUUAGAAACUAGGGGGAAUGCCAAUGCUCCAUUAAGUGUCCAUGAUACAUAUAGAAAUUCUUUAAUUGUUUCUGCCGUCGGUGUGCCUGGUGCCAUAGUUGCUGGUUUCUUGGUUGAAUUGAAAAUAGGUAGAAAGGGAACUUUAUGUGGUUCUUUGAUUCUAACUGGAGUUUUCUUAUUUGCAUCCACUACAGCAAAGACAAGUAAUGCCAAUUUAGGUUGGAACUGUGCUUUUACAUUCUUCUCUAAUAUUAUGUAUGGAGUAUUAUAUGCAUACACUCCGGAAGUCUUUUUUGCAAAAAUUAGAGGAACUGGUAUUGGUUUAGCAGCAUCUUUUAAUCGAGUGUUAGGUGUUUUUGCACCUAUUAUUGCAAUUUAUGCUGAUUUAACGACGUCAGCACCAAUUUUUGUCAGUGGAGCCUUAUUUAUUGCCUCUGGUUUCUUGGUCUUAUUGUUUCCUUAUGAGCCAAGAGGUAAGGCUAGUUUAUAGUUUUCAUCUGCUCUAUAGAUUGAUUCUAUAUAUAUAUGUUCAAAUAUUACGUAUAAGUUUUCCCAAUUAGGUAACUGUUUCCAU